AUGCCUAACCUUUUAUGUACGUUUAAUCAAAAAUACGUUUUAAUUAUAAUGUCAACGUUAAUCACAAAUGGCAUUUUUUGCAUGCGCAGUGCGUUAGCCCAUAGCCGCAGCCAUUGGCUCUAGCCCAAAGCCCAAAUCCCAAGGUACAAAGCCCUCGCCCAGAGCCUUGGCCUUAGCCCUAACCCAGAACUCUAGCUCAAAGUCCUAUUCUAUAACGCUACUCUACCUCACCUAAUCUAUUAUACCUUUAUUUUGCUUUGCGCUGACCCUACCUUCCUUUUUUACCUUUUUUUCUUACUCUAACCAACAAAAAGUUACUAUACAAUAAAAAAUGAAUCUACGUGCUAUUUUAUAAAACGCUGUAAAAGCCACGAAAUGACUGUUUACUUAUUUAUAAUUGUUUAGCAAAGAAAAAUGUAAAAAGGUUCUCUAGGUAUGUUAAUAUUGUAAUUUAAUAAACAUCUUGAGAACCGAGAUUAAACUAAAUUCUAAAACUAAAUAGCUCAAAUGUGUCAAGUGUUAUCAGAAAAUGUGAGAUUUAAAAAAAUGCUAAAGCUGGUAAACAAUAUACUUUUUUAAAUGUAAAAUACGAUUGGGUCUCUAUUAAAUAUAAAAAGUAAAAUAUAUAUAAUACUUUGUGUUCGAAAUCUUUAAAAAACCUGAAAAAAGUCAAUUUUGACAUUUUUGAGACAAUUUUUGACAUUAACUUUAGUUAUCGCAGUUAGUUGAAGAGAAGAGAAGAAUAAUAUUUUACAGAUGUUUCUUGAAUGGCCUAUUUUCUUAUAUUUUUAAACUUCUUUAUGAAAAAAAGCUGGUUCCAGACUCUAAAAAAAGCCUCAAGCGUGAGCAUGAGCAUGAGCCUGAGCCUAAGCCUAAGCCUGAGCCUGAGUCUGAGCCUGAGCCUGAGCCUGAGCCUGAGCCUGAGCCUGAGCCUGAGCCUGAUCCUAAGCCUGAGCCUGAGCCUGAGCCUGAGCCUGAGCCUGAGCCUGAACCUGAACCUGAACCUGAACCUGAACCUGAACCUGAACCUGAACCUGAACCUGAACCUGAACCUGAACCUGAGCCUGAGCUUGAGCUUGAGCCUGAGCCUGAGUCUGAGCCUGAGCCUGAGCCUAAGCCUGAGCCUGAGCCUGAGCCUGAGCCUGAUCCUAAGUCUAAGCCUAAGCCUAAGCCUAAGCCUGAGCCUAAGCCUGAGCCUGAGCCUGAUCCUAAGUCUAAGCCUAAGCCUAAGCCUAAGCCUGAGCCUGAGCCUAAGCCUAAGCCUGAGCCUGAACCUGAACCUGAACCUGAACCUGAACCUGAGCCUGAGCUUGAGCUUGAGCCUGAGUCUGAGCCUGAGCCUGAGCCUAAGCCUGAGCCUGAGCCUGAGCCUGAGCCUAAUCCUAAGUCUAAGCCUAAGCCUAAGCCUAAGCCUGAGCCUAAGCGUGAGCCUAAGCCUGAGCCUAAGCCUGAGCCUGAUCCUAAGUCUAAGCCUAAGCCUAAGCCUGAGCCUAAGCCUAAGCCUGAGCCUGAGCCUGAUCCUAAGCCUGAGCCUGAGCCUGAGCCUGAGCCUGAGCCUGAGCCUGAACCUGAACCUGAACCUGAACCUGAGCCUGAGCUUGAGCUUGAGCCUGAGCCUGAGUCUGAGCCUGAGCCUGAGCCUAAGCCUGAGCCUGAGCCUGAGCCUGAUCCUAAGUCUAAGCCUAAGCCUAAGCCUAAGCCUAAGCCUAAGCCUAAGCCUAAGCCUAAGCCUGAGCCUAAGCCUAAGCCUAAGGCUAAGCCUGAGCCUGAGCCUGAGCCUGAACCUGAAUCUGAACCUGAACCUGAACCUGAACCUGAACCUGAACCUGAGCCUGAGCUUGAGCUUGAGCCUGAGCCUGAGCCUGAGUCUGAGCGUGAUAGUGAGCCUGAACCUGAUCCUAAGUCUAAGCCUAAGCCUGAGCCUAAGCCUAAGCCUAAGGCUAAGCCUGAGCCUGAGCCUGAGCCUGAGCCUGAGCCUGAACCUAAACCUGAACCUGAACCUGAACCUGAGCCUGAGCCUGAGCCUGAGCCUGAGCUUGAGUCUGAGCCUGAGUCUGAGCCUGAGUCUGAGCCUGAGCCUGAGCCCGGGCCUGAGUCUGAGCCUGAGCGUGAUAGUGAGCCUGAGCCUGAUCCUAAGUCUAAGCCUAAUCCUAAGCCUGAGCCUGAGCCUAAGCCUAAGCUUAAGGCUAAGCCUGAGCCUGAACCUGAACCUGAACCUGAACCUGAGCCUGAGCCUGAGACUGAGCUUGAGUCUGAGCCUGAGCCUGAGUCUGAGUCUGAGUGUGAGCCUGAGCCUGAGCUUGGGUCUGAGCCUAAGCCUGAGCCUGAGCCUGGGCCUGAGCCUGAGCCUGAGCCUGAGCUUGAGUCUGAGCCUGAGCCUGAGCCUGAGCCUGAUCCUGAGCCUCAAUAG